AUACAUACAUAUAUUCUACUUAAUAAUUAACCCUAUAGUCUUCUCAGGUCUUCUGGUUUGCUUUGCAAAAAAUAUUAUAGGAAAGGAGCAGCCAAACAAGGCGCAAUGGAAGAAGAGAGAGUGACACUUGAUCUUCUCAAGAAGAAAAUGGACAAUUUUGCAAAGGAGAGAGACUGGGAAAAAUUCCACAGCCCCAGAAAUCUUCUUCUUGCUCUGGUAGGAGAAGUAGGUGAGCUGUCUGAAAUAUUUCAAUGGAGAGGAGAAGUUCCAAAAGGGCUGCCAGAUUGGAAAGAAGAAGACAAGACUCAUCUUGGAGAAGAGCUUUCUGAUGUUCUGCUCUACCUUAUUAGGCUGUCUGAUAUAUGUGGUGUUGAUCUUGGUAAAGCUGCUCUUCGUAAAAUUGAGCUGAAUGCACUUAAAUAUCCAGUCAAUCUCUCCAAAGGCUCAUCCAAUAAGUACAGUGAUACAAACACUAGUAGUAAUAGCAGCUCCAUUAAUGGUGGUGAUUAGAUCUGGUUAUGUAUUGGGGCUUUCUUGUUUUUGGCCAUGUCUUUAACUUUUCUUCUUUGUCCGAAAAAUUGAAAGUUUAGGUCUUUUGGGGUGGGGUGGGGUAAGUGUAAUGUAUGGCAGAAGAUUUUCUUGAAUGGGGUUUGAUUUGCUGUGGUUUUUGGCAUUUAUGUAUCUCUUGAGAGUUUUUGUGGCUGUUUGGCAGAUGAAAUGAAUCCAUCACCUUUAGUAGAUA